AUGUCACUAGCCAGGAAAGCCUUCCGGGCACGUAAUCCACUUCUCACUGCAACUCGUUCACAGUCAACUAAAAUUCAUGGUGCAGUCGUCGGAAUUGAUUUAGGUACCACCAAUUCUGCGGUAGCCAUCAUGGAAGGUAAAGUUCCUAGGAUUAUUGAAAACGCCGAAGGUUCUAGAACCACCCCAUCUGUGGUGGCAUUUACUAAAGAUGGCGAACGCUUAGUUGGUACUCCUGCCAAACGUCAAUCUGUUAUAAACCCAGAAAACACUUUAUUUGGUACCAAGCGUUUAAUCGGUCGCCGUUUCGAAGACACUGAAGUACAGAAAGACAUCAAUCAAGUUCCUUUCAAAAUUGUCAAGCACUCUAAUGGGGAUGCCUGGUUAGAGGCCAGAGGCCAAACAUAUUCCCCUGCUCAAAUAGGUGGAUUUGUUUUAAACAAAAUGAAGGAAACGGCUGAGGCUUACUUGGGUAAGAGCGUCAAAAAAGCUGUUGUCACUGUUCCUGCUUACUUUAAUGAUGCUCAGAGGCAGGCAACCAAGAAUGCAGGACAAAUUGUUGGGCUUAAUGUGUUACGUGUUGUUAAUGAACCAACAGCUGCUGCCUUAGCUUACGGUUUGGAUAAAUCAGAGUCAAAAGUCGUUGCGGUUUUUGACUUAGGCGGAGGUACUUUUGACAUCUCCAUUUUGGAUAUCGAUAAUGGUGUCUUUGAAGUCAAGUCUACUAACGGCGACACUCACUUAGGUGGUGAAGAUUUUGAUAUUUACUUGUUAAAGGAGAUUAUUUCUCGUUUUAAGGCUGAAACCGGUAUUGAUUUAGAAAAUGACCGUAUGGCCGUUCAAAGAAUAAGAGAAGCCGCUGAAAAGGCCAAGAUCGAAUUAUCCUCCACUAUUUCGACCAAAAUUAAUUUGCCAUUCAUUACUGCUGAUGCCACAGGUCCAAAGCAUAUUGAUAUGACUUUUUCUAGAGCUCAACUUGAGAAUUUAACCGCUCCAUUGAUCGACAGAAUGAUCGACCCUGUUAAAAAAGCCCUGAGGGACGCAAAACUCACCUCAUCUGAUUUAUCGGAUAUUCUAUUAGUUGGAGGUAUGUCAAGAAUGCCUAAAGUUGUGGAUACUGCAAAGAAACUAUUUGGCAAGGACGCUUCCAAAGCUAUUAAUCCUGAUGAAGCUGUCGCUCUAGGCGCCGCUAUACAAGGUGCGGUAUUAUCUGGUGAGGUCACUGAUGUUUUAUUGUUGGAUGUUACUCCCCUAUCGUUAGGUAUCGAAACUCUAGGAGGUGUUUUCACAAGACUAAUUUCAAGAAAUUCCACAAUUCCCACAAAGAAAUCUCAAAUUUUUUCAACCGCCGCAGCAGGUCAGACAUCAGUGGAAGUAAGAGUCUUCCAGGGUGAGAGAGAGUUGGUCAAAAAUAAUAAACUAAUUGGUAAUUUCUCUCUUGCGGGAAUUCCGCCAGCACCAAAAGGUAUUCCUCAAAUUGAAGUUACUUUUGAUAUUGAUGCCAACGGCAUAAUCAACGUUUCAGCAAAAGAUCUUGCCAGUAACAAAGACUCUUCCAUUACCGUUGCGGAAGCGUCAGGACUGUCUGAAAUGGAAAUUGAACAAAUGGUCAAUGAAGCCGAGAAAUAUAAGGGCCAGGAUGAAGCUAGACGGAAGGCUAUUGAAAUCGCUAAUAAGGCUGACCAGUUAGCAAAUGAUACCGAGAAUUCCAUGAAAGAAUUUGAAGGCAAAUUGAACAAGACAGACUCCCAAGUAUUAAAGGAUCAAAUAACAUCGUUAAGGGAUUUACUUUUUAGAGUUCAAGCCGGAGAUGAAGUUAAUACCGAAGACUUGGAGACUAAAAUUGGCGAAUUACAAAUAUCAUCGAUGAAACUCUUUGAACAGUUGUACAAGAAUGAUAGUAAUUCCAAAUCUAAUACUGAGAGUGACGACUUAAAAGGAUGA